CAUGUUUUGGCGGUAGAAGAUGUGUGGCAAAAUUCGUCCCAUGCUGCAACAACGCUGUGGUGUGAACCGCGGAGCUCAGCAUAUGAGCUUUUGAAGCGUGGUUUUCGCCAAGCUACUCAUUUGGUGCAUGUUGGUGCAUCCCUUGCAGAGUGGUUGUUGGCUUGGAGACAUGUGCUGAAGAAAGACCAUGAUCCAAAAGGGGACGGAAAAGACUUUGAGUAGGUUUGUGCGCGACGAAAGCAAGCAUGCGUGCUUUUAUGCGAGCUGUGCAGGGUUGGCAGCCCGCUGUUGGACAGCUGGCUAAAGCGCAUUGAACGCCAUGUGCCCGCAGCGACGUGUAGUUCAAGAAUUCAUUGGACUUUAGGUUGCACGUUUCACCCAGGCGUUUGAGCACUGGAGGCCGGCACGGCUUCGGCCGCACUCUUGCAAUGCCCGCGGAGGAAGCGGAGUCCCACAAUGCAGAGUCCUUUGAUGUUGAAGCAGCGCUGACAGCCUUCCUUGCUGACGUGAACAGGACAGAGCUGCAGCUUCCGCCACUGGACACCGACCAGCGCAAACAGGCCAAGAAGUUGGCCGAGCAGUACGCAGAAAUCAAGUGUGAGAGCUAUGGGUUUGGUCCAGAGCGCAGGCUACACCUCUUCAAGCAGAACGCUGCGUCAACUCCAAAGGGUGUCACCACAGAAGGCGAAAGCAAAGAAUUCCAUGCCGAUCUUGGCUCAGAAAAAUCCACGGUGGUCUCUGGUGCAGCAGACAAGAGUGAUACGCCAGAGGAAACCGAGGAUGCAGCAAAAUCUGCAGCUUCGCCUGCUGUGUACCAAGUCCGCAAUACCUUCAUUCACAUUGAGGGUACGGACGUUGUUGAUCAGCGUGCCGUCCAGUCCAUGCCCCACGGCAUGUUCUCGCAGUGUCUUCUAGACGAAGCUGCGCGCUCUCAAGGCAAAGCCAGCACAAAGACAACGACUCCAAGCAUGACGCCACCUCCCACUGCGGAAGCUCCGAAGGAGAGAUGUUUGCACCUGGAACUGAAGUCGUGAUUGAAGGCCUCACAAAAUAUCCAGCCUUCAAUGGUUUACACGGGACGGUGCUGUCGCUGGACACGGACACAGGUCG